AUGGGUCUCGCUGGGAAGAUUGCGAGUCCGCUGAUCAGCCUGGGGGUGAUUGCUUGGGACAAUGUGAUAGCUGUGGCGAACCUCGUCACUCCAAAGCUCAAAGCUGAUAACGUCGUACCGGAGGGCGCUCCUGGACAUCACGGAGUCUGGCCGGAAUUUAUCCCUCCCCAGGAAGGCGAUUCGCGAUCAGCAUGUCCCAUGUUGAACGCCAUGGCCAAUCAUGGGAUUCUACCCCACGACGGCAAAAACAUCCCCUUCAAAACCCUCAACCAAAAAGUCCGCCAAACCUUCAACUUCGCCCCAUCCUUCUGCUUCUUCGUCCCCAAAUUCGCCGCCGACUUCCUCGAGCGAUCCUACUGGAAAGAUACCUUUGACCUCGAAGAUUUGUCCCUGCAUGCCAGCAAUGCAAUCGAGCACGAUGCGAGUUUGACACGUCAAGAUAUGGCUCUUGAACCCGAUCAAGGAAAACCAGACCAGGAACUUGUGGAUGCUUUACUUGCGGAAGCUACGGGGAAAAAAAAUACUACUACGGAUGGAGGGGAGGAUGGGGAGGGGGAACGGUUAUUGACGAUUGAGGAUCUUUCCCGUGCGCUUUCGAAGCGGAGGGCGGAGUGUAGGAGGAGUAAUGAGGAGUAUUCGGAGAGUUUUUUUCAUAAUACUUUUGGGAGCGCAAAUUCCUCAACCAUGUUAACAAUCUUCGGCGGCCGAAUCGAUGAUCUCACGCCCAUGUUAAAGGAGGAGCGGUUCUCGGAUCAUUGGCAGCCUAGAAUCGUGGAUAAAUUUGGUUUGACGAUGGCUAAGUUUAAUUUCACUGUUUUUCCUGUGGAGCGGGGGGUUGAUGUUAAGCCUUUUGAGAAGAAGGAGGGAUAA